GGUCCUGAUGAAAGGAAGUCGGAGCUGCUGCCUGCUGGCUGGGAAGCCAACAAGGAGGUGUACACGCUGCGCUACAAGUCCACGGACGAUGCCCGUGAGCUGCUGCUGAAGGCCAUCAUGGUGGAAGACAGUAUGAUCCUCAACGUCAUGGAUCGCAGUUCUCAGAAGGUGGCAGAUGUGACCUUGGCAGUGGCCGACUACAUCAACCCAGAGCACCUGGACGAUUUCCACAAGGUGUACAAGAACACCGAGGAGCUGAGGACAAGGAUUGCUUCAGGCAUCAUUGCUCCCCUUGGGGCCCCUGCAGAAAAGGCCAAAAAGGAGCCUGAGGUUGAGAAGAAGGAUCCUGGUUUGCCCCGGGAUUACGACCCCCUCAGGGCUCCUCCCCGGCGGCCGGCAGACACGAGAGCACCGGCCUGGCCUUCCCCCUUGGGCCCCUUCGCUGUUGGUGGGGAAGACCUGGACCCUUUUGGAGGUCGGAGUGGGGGAAUGAUUGUGGAUCCUCUCCGGUCUGGCCGCCCACAGCCCGGCAUUGACCCAUCGUCGGGCAUUCCAGGCCGCCUUCCCCCGGGAGCGGUUCCACCAGGUGCCAGAUUUGACCCCUUUGGCCCAUUAGGAGCUGGUAGAUCUGGGCCGGAUCCCGACCACCUUCCCCCUCCGGGCUAUGACGACAUGUUCAUGUGAGGAGUCACCGCACGGCUCCUCACGGCUGCGGCCAGAGCGGUCUCCUGGGAAGCCGGAGCACUUUUCCCUCUUCGCUCCCUGUUGAGUGGACUUCGAUCUUUUCAGCAGCAUUUUUCUUCUCCCCAUUCGGGGCCACGUUCCUGUCUGUCAGACCAGCUAUAAAGGUUUCCCUGCGUGCAGAACAGAAGAGGAGGCAGUCGGUUCGUUUCUUUCCGUGCUCCUCUGAGGGUGCCCGGCCGUUUGCACCCAGUUGAAGGGGUCCUGCCCGGCACGAGGUGGCAGCGUGGGGUGCCACGCUCCGAGAGCGGCCUGGGUGCUGGGGGGUUUCCUCCUCUGCUUCUUCGGGGUGGCACCGCUUUGGCUGCUGGGGUUACGCAGGCACUCGGUGCUGAGGAGGGAGCUGGCGGCUUGCCGUGCCGGUGCUGGGGAGCUGCAGUAGCCUCGCUGAUGGUGGCAGCCGGAGGGGGCUCCCCGUGCGGAGAUGGUUUCUCUCUUGCUCUUUAUCCAAGCGAGGGCUGAUCAGUGUGAAGGGGUAGAAAGCCUGACCCGCGGGGUCUCCGUGGGCAGACCCCCCGCAGCGGCUGAGAUCAGCUCCCACACGGCCAUGCCCGCCACCAGCAAAGCCUUUAGUGUGCAGGAGAAGAGACAUAUAUUGAAUUCCUGGCCCCACCUUGCCCCCUCUCUCCCCUGAAGCCGUGUUGAUUUUCAUUCUCGGGGUGCUUCAGAGCCCUGCAGGGGACGGGGUG